AUGUGGCACAGUGAAUUCAGCAUUUCUCCCUCGCACCCACCCUACGUCGUCUUUUUCUGUCUCAAGCCCCCUGAGUCCGGCGGUAAGACCGGCAUUUCUUCCUCGUUGGCGGUAUAUGAUCGCCUAAAAACAGCUUGUCCGCGUCUUUUGAAAGCCUGCGUCGAUAACGGCUUGUCUUACCCCGCUCCGCAUUACAUUUCCGAGACCGAUACAACCUUCUUCGGAAAUGGUUUGUAUAAGAAGACCGCGUAUGGGCCUGAAGACGGGAGCGAUAUCUCCGCACUAUCGGAGAAGGAAAAGCGCAGGGUUGUGGAUGGAAGAAUUCGGGACCUGGCGGAAAUGGGUGGGUGGUCAACAGAGACAAAAGAUGAUCCUAGUCUGCCAGUGUGGCAGAGGAAAGGGUUCACUUGGAAAUGGAGGCCAGAUGGAGUGGAUGUCACGCAGCGAGUACCGGGAGUACGCACCCAUCCUACUCGUGGCAAAGAAACAUUAUUCACAGCCCUUGGCUCUCGAUACAUCAAUAGCAAGAACCGCCAGACUUUCUCUCCUCCUCACACCUAUCUCAACGAAAACAACGAAGAGGCCGUGUAUCUUCCUCCGAUGUAUGCCGGCCUUCCAAAGGACGAGCCAAUUCCUGAAGAGGAUAUGGAUAUCUUGCACAACUUGCAGCAGGAGCUGUCUGUCAAUGUCGAUUGGGAAAUUGGCGAUGUCUUGAUCAUUGAUGUAAGUGACCUUCUACGAUCUUACCCAGAUGUUGAAGGCAAGCAUAUUAACAUGAUGUGUUCCAGAACUUCGCAGUUCAGCACUCCCGCUUACCCUGGACUGGCGAUCGAAAGAUCAUGGCGAGCUUUUGGGAUCAAGACGGAUUGA